AUGGCGGCACCAGGCAUGAUUGCCCCCAUGGCCCCACACCAGUUUUCACUGCCCAUGCAACCCGGCGUGCAGCAACCCGGCAUGCAGCAACCCGGCGUGCAGCAGCCCGGCAUGCAGCAGCCUUUUCCCCCGCCCUAUGCCCUGGUGGGGCCGGACAUGCCAGGCAUGCUGCUGCCACCAGGGGGGGUGGCGCCAGAGGGGGUGGGGCAAGGGGGCAUGGGGCAAGGGGGCAUGGGGCAAGGGGGUAUGGCGCCAGGGGGGAUGCCGCCAGGGGGGAUGGCGCCAGGGGGGAUGGGGCAAGGGGGGAUGGGGCAAGCAGGCAUGGGGCAAGGGGGCGUGGGCGCAGGGAUGAAUGGCAUGGGCAUGGGCAUGGGCAUAGGGAUGGGGAUGGGGGUGGGCAUGGGGGUGGGCAUGGGGAUGGCAGGGCCGAUGGGGGGACCCAUGGGGCGGCUGGGGAUGAUGGGGCCGUUGGGCGAGGAGGGGGGCUACAGCCGGCGGGUGGUGGUGAACAGUGUUCCCAUCACCGACCCGGCUGUAGCACGUGCAGAGGAGCUGGCUGGUCCCAUCCACCCCGGCAGCUACUGGUACGACGUGCACGCUGGCUUCUGGGGAGUCAUGGGAGGGCCUUGCCUCGGGAUCAUCCCGGCGGGCAUAUGGGACCUAGCUCUGGCGCCGCUGCUGCGGCACUGCUCCAAUGGGCACACGCGCGUGCUGGUGAAUGGCCGGGAGCUGCAGCGGCGUGACCUGGACAUCCUCAUGCAGCGCGGCCUGCUCGACCACCCAGGCGCCGCCUACCUGCUGGACAUUCACGGCAACCUCGCUGAUGCAACGAAUGGGGAGCCCCUGCCCUGCCUCGGCAAGCUCGCCCCCUCGCUGGAGCUCAAGGGCAAGGGGGCAGGGAUGUAUGUACCCAAACAGCCCACAUAG